UUAUUCUUCUUCGACGGCCAUAUGAUUUGGAGUAAGACAAAUCUAACACGUUGUAGAAGAACGUCUGUAUCAUCGUCAACAAGUAGAGGUUAUAAAAGUAGUUGGAAUGCGAGAGGAAGUUAUCGUGCUAUAGCAGCAAGCUUUCUGAUUCAGACUUCUUCUGUUCAGCUCAGUUAAGGAAGAAGGGUGACCUGAGCGAAAGGUAUUCGACCUUUUGCUCCUUAAAGGAAUUUGGUUCUGCUUCGCAUCUUAGAGUUGAAAUGAAGGUCAGUGUGACUACACGCAAUGGCAAGGAGCUCGUCAAGGGGGGUGUGGAGCUCGAUUCGUCAGCAAUGGUGAGCGAUCUGCAGCAGGCAAUUUACUCACGUACUACGAAGUUCUAUCCUGCUCGGCAACGGCUUACCCUCCCUUCAAAAUUUGGAGUUGAUGGAAAACCAGUUAUCCUCAAUCCGAAAAAGAAACUUAUAGAUUACACAGAUGGAAAUGAAAAUUUGAUAACUGUAGUGUUCAAGGAUUUGGGACCUCAGGUGUCCUACAGGACCCUCUUCUUCUGGGAAUACUUAGGCCCCCUACUCAUAUACCCAAUCUUCUACUUCUUCCCAGUCUACAAGUACCUUGGUUACGAGGAAUGGAAAGAAAAGCAUCUCGUUCAGACCUACGCCUUGUAUUACUGGUCCUUCCACUACUUCAAACGCAUCAUGGAGACUUUCUUUGUUCAUAGAUUCAGCCAUGCUACCUCACCAAUCUCCAAUGUCUACAGAAACUGUUCUUACUACUGGACUUUUGCUGCUUGCAUUGCUUACAAUGUGAACCACCCACUUUACUCUCCUGUUAGUGAACUGCAAUGGAAGAUUGGUUUUACUUUUGGCUUAAUUUGCCAAUUCUCAAACUUAUAUUGCCACAUUAUUCUGAAACAACUGAGAAGUUCUGAUGGUGUUGGAGGUUAUCAAAUACCUCAGGGAUUCUUGUUCAACAUUGCGACUUGUGCAAACUACACAACAGAGAUCUAUCAAUGGCUUGGUUUCAACAUUGCAACACAAACAUUAGCCGGUUAUUUGUUUCUUACUGUUGGUUCUUAUUUCAUGUAUAACUGGUCUAUCGCAAAGCACCGGAGACUGAACAAGUUGUUUGAUGGUAAAGAUGGAAGGCCAAAAUAUCCCAAACGAUGGGUGUUUCUUCCUCCAUUUUUCUGAAGAGUUCAAGUCCUUCAUGUUGGCUAAUAUAUUUGCUUUGUCAGUUCCAUCUGGAAUAAAUUCUGACUUUUGGGAUAUUGUAGAAGCUUAUAUGUUUUUUUUUUUUUUUUCCCUAUUAUGUACCUUUACGCUUGGACUUAAUGUAAGAUAUCUGAAUAAAAGUCUGUUUUUCCUUGUA